UUAAUUCGGUUAGUGUCACUGAUUCAGCAACAAAUCUUACACCAUAGCUGUUUCUGUAGGUUUUACCUCGUGCAUUCUAACAUCAAACGCCGGGAAGUACCCUUCUUAAGCCAAUCGCCUGCUCAGUUUUAAGCUUUAAACGCUGAUGAUGUAAGUCGUGAGUCUUCUCGGUGCCUGGAGAAGGUGAAAGCAGACACGUAUCUGUUGACGGACUACAGAGGAGCAUUUGAGCCCCUGUGCACAGCGCACUUUUACUGCUUUGAGAAUCAAGGCAGCGGAGACAAUCGUUUCACUUGCUGAACAAUCAAAUCCACGGAAUGUCCAUUUUUUCAGCUCCAUCUUCCGACUGUACCUCUGCAAUAUGUUUCGCACUUUUAGUAACCAAAGUUAGUGAAAUGCUUUAAGACUCUCUGCACUUUAUCUCUACGUGAGGGAGAUGUAUUUCUAGUUCAGCCCUGCAAUAGACAUGUCAAGACUGGAAAGCAGAAGGCACGGAUCUGCACCUGUACGCGAAUCAAGUGAGCGUUUCAGCACCAUGGACAGCGCUUCUUCGGCACGCAAAGCGAGGGAAGUAACACCCUCCAAAUUCGGAUUAUUUAUCUGAAUUAGCAACUCGGGACCCCACCGUACGAGACGUGCAUUCAAUAUGUUGGGAAGCAAAAGUAGCCACAACAUGACCCGGCGGCACACGACUCUGCGUGAGAAAGGCAGGCGGCAGGCCAUCCGGGGACCAGCCUAUAUGUUUAAUGAGAAGGGCACUAGCCUGACGCUGGAGGAGGAACGUUUUCUGGAUGCAGCUGAAUACGGGAACAUCCCAGUGGUGCGUAAGAUGCUUGAGGAGUCCAAGACCCUGAACUUCAACUGUGUGGACUACAUGGGCCAGAAUGCCUUGCAGUUAGCUGUAGGAAAUGAACACCUGGAGGUGACGGAGAUUCUUCUUAAGAAAGAGAAUCUGGCACGGGUUGGUGAUGCUCUUUUAUUGGCCAUCAGCAAAGGCUACGUUAGGAUCGUGGAAGCUAUACUCAGCCACCCGGCCUUUGCCGCUGGCCAUCGCCUCACCUUAAGUCCGCUGGAGCAGGAGCUGAGAGAUGAUGACUUCUAUGCUUAUGAUGAAGACGGAACGCGCUUCUCACACGACAUCACACCAAUCAUCCUUGCAUCGCAUUGUCAGGAGUAUGAGAUCGUACACAUUCUCUUGUUGAAAGGUGCUCGCAUCGAAAAGCCACACGACUACUUUUGUAAAUGCCACGAGUGCAUUGAGAAGCAGAAGAAGGACUCUUUCAGCCAUUCACGUUCCAGGAUGAAUGCCUAUAAAGGACUGGCUAGUGCUGCCUAUCUGGCCCUUUCUAGUGAGGAUCCCGUCCUCACUGCCUUAGAGCUCAGCAAUGAGCUAGCCAGACUGGCCAACAUUGAAACAGAGUUCAAGAAUGAUUACCGGAAGUUAUCUAUGCAAUGCAAGGACUUUGUGGUUGGGGUCCUAGACCUGUGCAGAGACACAGAGGAAGUGGAAGCCAUUCUUAACGGCGACGUGGAUUUGCUUACCCAGACUGACCACCAAAGGCCGUGCCUCAGCCGAGUGAAACUGGCUAUCAAAUAUGAAGUGAAGAAGUUUGUUGCCCACCCUAACUGCCAGCAGCAGCUACUGACGAUUUGGUAUGAGAAUCUUUCGGGCCUGCGGCAGCAGUCUAUAACUGUGAAGUGCUUGACCGUGUUUGGAGUGACCAUUGGCCUUCCAUUCCUUGCCGUCGCUUACUGGAUCCUGCCCUGCAGCAAGUUAGGACUCAUCCUUCGCAGCCCCUUCAUGAAGUUUGUGGCCCAUGCCGUCUCCUUCACUAUCUUUUUGGGGCUUCUGGUUCUGAAUGCUUCAGACCGAUUUGAGGGAGUGAAGAACCUGCCCAAUGAAACCAUCACCGACCAUCCGAGGCAGAUUUUCCGAGUGAAGACCACCCAGUUCUCGUGGACAGAGAUGCUGAUCAUGAAGUGGGUGCUGGGAAUGAUCUGGUCUGAAUGUAAGGAGAUCUGGGCAGAGGGACCGCGAGAGUACGUCCUGCACCUCUGGAAUGUUCUAGACUUUGGAAUGCUCUCCAUCUUCGUGGCCUCUUUCACCGCCCGACUCAUGGCCUUCCUGAAAGCCUCGGAGGCCCAGCUCUACGUGGACUUGUACGUGCAAAACGAUGACCUCAGCAAUGCCAGCCUGCCUGCAGAAGUCGCCUACUUCACCUAUGCCAGGAACAAGUGGCUGCCCUCAGACCCCCAGAUCAUCUCAGAGGGUCUGUAUGCCAUUGCAGUGGUGCUGAGCUUUUCACGCAUCGCCUACAUUCUCCCUGCCAAUGAGAGCUUUGGUCCCCUACAGAUUUCUCUGGGUAGAACGGUGAAGGACAUCUUCAAGUUCAUGGUCAUCUUUAUUAUGGUAUUUGUGGCCUUCAUGAUCGGGAUGUUUAACCUCUACUCUUACUACUUGGGCGCCAAGUACAACCCAGCCUUCACCACGGUUGAAGAAAGCUUUAAAACGUUAUUCUGGUCAAUCUUUGGUCUGUCAGAAGUUAUCUCCGUUGUCCUCAAGUAUGACCACAAGUUCAUCGAGAACAUUGGCUAUGUCCUGUACGGCGUGUACAACGUCACCAUGGUGGUGGUGCUGCUCAAUAUGCUCAUUGCCAUGAUCAACAACUCAUACCAGGAGAUCGAGGAAGACGCAGACGUGGAAUGGAAAUUUGCCCGUGCCAAGCUCUGGCUGUCUUACUUCGAUGAAGGGAGGACGUUGCCUGCUCCGUUCAACUUGGUCCCAAGCCCCAAGUCUUUCUACUACCUGAUCCUCCGCACAAAGGCCUGCCUCAUCCAGCUCUGCAAAGCCAAGUCGAAGAAGUGUGACAGUGACGUGGAGAUGGGCAUGCUCAACUCCAAGUCAAAACUAGAUCGCUACAAAUCCAACUUUCAGAGUUCAGAGACCUAUGGGGUGAGAAAGCCAAUCCAGAACCCUACCAGGUACCAGAAAAUAAUGAAGCGCCUCAUUAAGCGCUAUGUGCUGAAAGCGCAGGUUGACAGAGAGAACGAUGAAGUUAAUGAAGGUGAGCUGAAGGAGAUCAAACAGGACAUAUCGAGCCUCCGAUACGAGCUUCUGGAGGAAAAGUCCCAGGCGACGGGGGAGCUCGCCGAACUCAUUCAGCAACUCGGUGACAAAUUUGGGAAGAACAUGAAAAAGCCAUAGCACGCGACCGAAGGAGAAGACGAAACGACGCUCUGGCACUGAAGCGGCGGGAGCAGACGCGGUCCGCGGCGAGCCUCAGAGAAGUGAACUUUUGCGACACACUACUGUGAUUUACACUUUUAUCCUCGAAAGCCUUCCUUUCAGUGCUGUAUUUGUAGCGCCUUGUUUCUAGGUGCAGUAAACCUCAGCUGCGGCUUGCUGCGCUUGACGCAGUGACUGUCUGCUCCCGGGUCCUACUUUUCUGUCAACCACAGGCUGCUUUAAUGAACAGAUAGAUUCACGAGAGUACGAAAUAGCAGCACCGCCAUUCAGACGACAGGAGAGAAGAAUCCAUGCCAUAAUGGCACUUUGACAUGCCGUGUUCACACGGUCUCUGGGGUUUGCAAGUCUGCUUCAGUUUAGAGUAGCGGUUUUAGGCUCAUGGCGAGCGCGAGCAGAGCUGAUUAUUGGCUAAAGAUUGUCAAUUGUUGAGUAUCAUUUUAAAAUUAUCUCCAGAUACCAGGAUAAGGGGCUUCAGAGUGUAACAGAAGUGCCGAGGGAGAAGCUGUGGGUAGCAUUAGACCUGGAGUAGACCAAUCUUUAGUUUAUAUAGCGCCAUUCAAGGUGAGAGCUGACACAAAACAAUCCAGGAGGUAUGUGAUUAUAUGUUGAAAUAAAGAGACAUUUUAGACACUCUGAGCGUCUGGGUGGGCCUGCAAACCUCACAGGAUUCAUAAUAAACAGGGCAGUUAGAGUGAAAAAUGAAAGCACAACAAAUUAAUUCUAGAAAGCAAUUCAAACAGGAGCAAGGAAAAACAGAAAAGGAGUGUCAGUCUUGAUGGGUAUAAUGUGACAGAUUAAGAGGUCUACAAAGGUGGGAGGCGAUUCAGCAGAAAAAGCAAUAAAAGAGCCUUGAAAUCUCCAUGGUCUUGCUUUCUAUGGUGACAUAUCCAAGAAUUCAAGGGAUUAAAGAAAUUUUCAGAUGGGGGCGCCAGUGAGCAGAAGACGACUCCUGGUGGGGAUCUUUUGAGAUCUCCACAUUCUCGCUUGUUUGAUAGACAGAUAGAUAGAUGGAUAUGAU